CCCCUGCUCCCCUAAAGGCAGCUUUGACUGCGUGGGGGUAUUUCCAGCUUUGUGGCUUUCACUUCCACUUCUCCCAGGUGGGCGGAGUGGCCUCCUGUGGACGAAUCAGAUUGCUCCUCCGCCCCAACUUCAGGAGGCGAGCCCGGGGCUUGGGGUCCCAGACGUGCCGCCGCCGCCGCCACAGCAGCAUCCGCAGCAGCAGCAGCAGCAGGACGACUAGGAAAGACCCCAGGCCAGAACCAUGGAGGACCAGCGCGACCUCAUCUCCAACCAUGAGCAGCUGCCCAUGCUGGGCCAGCGCCCCGGGGCCCCGGAGAGCAAGUGCAGCCGUGGAGCUCUGUACACAGGCUUUUCUGUCCUGGUGGCUCUGCUCCUGGCUGGCCAGGCCACCACCGCCUACUUCCUGUACCAGCAGCAGGGCCGGCUGGACAAGCUGACGGUCACCUCUCAGAACUUGCAGCUGGAGAGCCUGCGGAUGAAGCUUCCCAAGCCCUCCAAGCCUUUGAGCAAGAUGCGGGUUUCCGCCCCCAUGCUGAUGCAGGCCCUGCCCAUGGAAGGCCCGGAGCCUAUGCGCAACGCCACCAAGUACGGCAACAUGACCCAGGACCACGUGAUGCACCUGCUCCUGAAGUCUGACCCCCUGGGAGUGUACCCGAAGCUGAAGGGGAGCCUCCCAGAAAACCUGAAGCACCUCAAGAACACCAUGGACGGUGUGAACUGGAAGCUCUUUGAGAACUGGCUGCGUCAGUGGCUCUUGUUUGAAAUGAGCAAGAACUCGCUGGAGGAGACACCCUUUGAGGUUCCGCCAAAAGUACUGACCAAGUGCCAGGAAGAGGUCAGCCGUGUCCCCGCCGUCCACCCGGGCAUGUUCAGGCCCAAGUGCGACGAGGACGGCAACUACAUGCCGCUCCAGUGCUACGGGAGCAUCGGCUUCUGCUGGUGCGUCUUCCCCAACGGCACCGAGGUCCCGCACACCAGGAGCCGCGGGCGCCACAGCUGCAGCGACCCACUGGAGACGGAGGACCUGUCGUCCGGGCUGGGCGUGACCAAGCAGGAUCUCGGCCAAGGUAAGGGCCCUGCCUCCCAGCAGCCCAACCCCAGAGGGGCUGACGUCCCCCAGCACCCAUCUGGCGGAGGAGGCCGGGGGCUGGGGGUCUCAGGGGCUCCGACAGGCAGGCCUUGUCCUCACGUAGGAGGGUGAGGCCACAGGGUGCUGGGGCGGGGGAGCAGGGACAGUAGGGGACCCCAACCCUAAGCCACUGCCCCUCUCUCCAGUCAUCCUGUAAGAGCAGCAGACGCCAGCCCCCAGCCCUGCGUGGCCACAGCUUGCCUGCCCCCCACCCUCCCUGCCGCCCCCACCUGCACCUCAUCCCAUGGGCCUCUGGCACCUGGCUCGCCGUCCUCCCUGGACACCUCACGUCUCUUCAGAAGGCCAAGGAUGAACGACACAGGGAGGCCCUGCUGCCCACAGCUCCAUCCGCUAGCAGGGACACAGGGCCCCGGGGACAGCCCGUGAGCGGGGCUGGUGCCACUCCUGACACCUUGAGCUCCAACAUGGCGGCUGUCCAUGGAUGAGGCGGGCAGGUGCCUGGGGACGGGUCCGCUCGAUCCCAAACCCCCACAAGGACAGCUCUGCUGUCUCCUCCCCUGGUGGCCUCAGCUUCGCUGCCCGUUACCUGGGGAGACGGGCCAAGCCUUUGUGUGUCCCCAGCAUCAGCCACCCACGGCCCCUCCUCACCCCCUGCCCGCCCCACAUCCCUGUGCACAGUCAGGCUCGGCUCAGCCCCUGGCCACGGCUUCUGUGAGAAUAAAAGGUAGUGAGUAGGA